GAUCGAGAAAAGAAAUUUUGUGUAAAAAUUUGCCGACAGAUGCCAUUGCCGUUAGUUCACUGAGUCGAACAUAUUGUGCAUAAAGCAGCAUAAAGUUUCUGACAUGGCCACGAGUAAUACGGAAGAAAUUGAGGAAGUUGAAAGGAAUGAUCAGGAUGUAGUAAACUUUGAUGAAUUCCCACCGGAAGUAUUAAUUAAACAUCCACUCCAACAUACAUGGACUCUAUGGUAUUAUGAACCUGAUAGAAACAAGACAUGGGAAGAAAGCCAAAGGAAAAUUACAAGUUUUGAUACAGCUGAAGAUUUCUGGAGUUUGUACAAUCAUAUAAAAGCAGCGUCAGAUUUAAGGCAAGGUUGUGACUAUAGUAUGUUCAAGCAAGGAAUUAGACCUAUGUGGGAAGAUGACGCCAACAAGUGUGGUGGAAGGUGGCUUAUAAACUUAGAGAAGAAACAGAGAAACACAGAUUUAGAUAACUUUUGGCUAGAAAUCCUUUUAUGUAUGAUUGGUGAAGCGUUUAAUGGAUACUCAGAUGAUAUUUGUGGGGCUGUUGUAAAUGUCAGAACAAAAGGAGAUAAAAUAGGUGUAUGGACUGCGAAUGCCAACAAUGAAAAUAGUGUUAUGGAAAUUGGGCGCAAAUUGAAAGAAAGAUUAAAGAUUGCUUCGAAAGUUCCUAUAGGAUACCAGAUACAUAAAGAUGUUAUGGUCAAAGUAGGAAGUCAAACAAAAAAUGCCUACGUUGUAUAAAUUUUCGUCGUACAGUAUAAUUUUGUCAAACAUUAUACACAUAUUAAUAAUAUAAGAAAUUCGAAUUAUCAAAUAGCCCGAUGAACAAUUGGAACUGGAAAUAUUCGAAAUAUUUUUCACAAUCAUUGAUGAACAACUAAUAAUAAAUAUACUGGAUACAGAUGUAUAUCAUUGAUAUAAGAAAUUAUAUUAAUGUAAUAUAUAAUUUAAUAACUGGUUAAAAUAGAAAACAGGCUGCUGUAUUUUAAAAUCGACUGUUUGAUAAAUCUUAAUUCUGUGUAAUUCUAAUAUUUGAUUUAGUAUCUUUUCAAUAUUAUUUGCAGGGGUAAUAAAGACUGUUAUAAUAAGUUUUUUCAGACAUCCUAUAGCUAGCUUGUCGUUAUUAAAUGAUGGACAAAAUACAGCAACCUAUUUUGCUUCAGAACAUCACAGUCAUAUUUAACAAUAUCCCGUAAUUUGUUUGAAGCAAUUAUGUUUAAGCAUUUCUUACAAAUACAUUAAAAACAAAUUACAUUUUUUGUGCCUA